AUGCUGGCAUCAGCUUGCUCCGUGGUCCAGUAUGGCCACAUCGGAUCGCAGUCAGCGGCAUGCAGCCUACAGCUGAUAUUCCCUGCCACAUUCCACCCCCGUCAGACGUGUGACUACGAGGACCUACAACGUGAUGCCACAUACGAGCAGGUUGUGCGCAGACUCGACGGGCAAGAGCUCGCUCCUAUGCAAGGCGACGUCAUCGUUGUAGCUGACAUCGACGAGAUCCCUCGUCCGCAAUCUCUCCUUGUUCUUCAGUCUUGCAACUACCCGCGGGGUCUCACACUUCCGCCCACGUUCUACUACUACUCCUUCAAGUUCCUACACACUGGACCGGAAUGGCCACAACCCCCAAGCGACGUACUAUCAGGGUUGGCGCACCCUCUCGCCCACGAGCCUGCGCAACGGGGACGGCGGCUUGGUGCCGCUCCGUGGACAGGAAAGGGGAGUGCUUCAAAAUGA